CUCUCUCUCACUCUCGGCACGUUGACGACCUCUGCGGCCGGACGAGCCCUGGUGACUUGCUUGGUCAAAGGCGUGCAAGUGUGCGGCAGUGGCAGACAAAGUUGGCAAAGGAGCAGGCACGUGUGACUGCGACAUGGACAUGUGUCAAUGAUGAUGAUUACCUGCAGCCUGGUUGCCCCGUGCCCUUUUGCAUUGCUUCGGCACCAGCGCGAAGAAUGCACCGCCCCACUUCGGAUUUCGCAGACACGAUGGGUGACCCCCCGCGCUGGCCCUCAUUGACGCAGCAUCCACAGCGCAUAAGCGACGCGCCUGUUGUAUUCGAAGAGGAGUCUGUGAUUAAGACGGGUAGCCAUGGCAGUGCGCACGCCCCGGGGACAGCUUUCGGCAAGUCCAAGCCCACCACCAUGCAAGCCUCCCGACGACCUGGCAGGCGGAGCCACGAUACCGUCCUCCCAGACGUCUUUGUCGGUCGUAUCAAAGAGGGCAGCUUUUCCAAACGCACAUAUUCAGAAGGAUCGCGGCCUCCACCCCAUCAUCCUGCCAACUGGGAUCGAGGGACGGCGCAGCUCCCGGCAUCAACCAGCGCAGACGUGCGCCACAUUGACACGAAGGAUACCCUGCCGCGCCCUUCUCGCCUGGCAGCACACGCACCCCUGGCCCGCCAUCCCCCAACGAGCUCACGCCCGGUGGACCUCGACCUGUCCGCCGUUGAUUCAAACAUCGGCCUCACCUCCACACCUGCCGUCGCUCGCCCCGGUUUGCACUCCCGACCGGUUGGCCCCGACCCCAUCACACCCCAUCCACCGGUCACGCCCAUCGUGCGUGACAGUGACCGCCGUCGCCCGCGUCGGGCUAGCCACACUGGUCACAUUGUGCAGCCCUCGCAUCUGGACAACGAAGCCCGAAACAAUUUAAACGCACAAAUCCUGGCAGACCGUCUUGUUGACGGACCUGUUGUCGUGCAGCCACCGCGCGCAGCUCCGUCCCCGCCUCCCACCCGCCAUCACGAUCCCCUCGACACCACCUACGAACUGAUGCGACCACCUCGCUUUGACAUGCGUGUGGACUCGGAUUCGCCGGAUCACGAGGCUUCUUUGUUCCACGCUCAGGCUCGCAACGCAUCACCUUCUCCUUCACCACGUGAUGUGCCGCCCGUCACCAAUGGCUCCAAUUACCGUGACCUCCUCAAUGCCAACAACGCCAAUGGAUAUGGCAACGAGGGAGAUGAUGGUGCUAGCAACAACAACAAGGAGACGGCCGAGAAUGAUGACGAGAGCAGCGACGGGGAUCAGAACGAUACUCUGCAGCUGAUCAACGGCCGGGUCCUCUUUGGGGAUAUGCCUGCCCGCCCUUCCAUGGGGGACGUAGCUGAAGCUGUCCUUCACCGCAUGUCGCGUCACUCAGGUGCUUUCACGAGUGCUGAAGACCCAGAUGUGACGAUUCAGCCCCGCCAGAGCCUGCAACUGGAUCAAGCGGCCGAGCAACACGCCGACCAGUCUUUAUCAGCACACGACGCAGCCAUCAGUCGCCACGCGCAUGAGCCAGACGGGCGCUCGCCUGCACAUGCUCACAACGAACAACACGCAACGCAAGGCAGCGACGCCACGGCACCGCACACUCCACGUACACCGCGCUUCAGUCACAAAGAUGAUAUUGAUACUCCUGAGCGCACCCCGGCGCGGCUGCUGCACGCGCACAGCUCAGGCCACCUGCAGCCCCACCCACCCAGCGCCACCACGCCUCGGAUGCGUCGAACCCUCUCUCAGAGCACGGCACAAUGGGAUCGCGUGCGCAACGCCAUCAUUCACACGCCUAGUGCGCGUCGGUUUCGGCGCCCUGUUCCCAAGAGUGGCGUGCCCCAUGCCGACAAGCCGAGUUGCCCGCCCAUGGGCAUUCGACUCUACGUCGCGACCUGGAACCUCAACGAGCAUUCUGGUGCCAAAGACGUCGAGCGCCUCCUUUUUCCAAACGGCCAGCCGGAUGAGGACGAUGAGGAGAUUGAUGUUUACGUCAUCGGCUUGCAAGAAGCGCCUCUCGAGAACCUCGAGCUCGAGCUUUGCAUUCAGCAAGCCCUGGGCCCAGCCUAUACCAAAAUUUGCGGCGCCUACUCGGGCCCCAUUCAAAUGGUUAUUUUCUCGCGAAUGGAGCUCAACUGGUUCAUCACGCAGGUGGAGACGGACAAAGUUGCGACCAAAUUGGGCGGCAUGAUGCGCACCAAAGGCGGCGUUGGCAUUUCCCUCAUGCUGAGCCAGCGCCUACGCUUGCUGUUUGUGUGUGCGCACUUGGCUGCGCACCAGGAUCGGGUCAAGGAGCGCAAUGAAAACGCUUGGGCCAUACGCCGCGGCCUCAAGCUACCUGAGCGCCGCCUGCGCCAGCCUGAAAAUCUCAAUGGCACGGCUAUGAGUCUCAAUACAAGCGCUCGCCUUUCGCAUGAUGUGGCCCGGUACCACGACAUCAUUUUCUGGCUCGGCGACCUCAAUUACCGCAUCAACUGCAGCCGUGAUCUGGUGGAAUACGUCUUGGCCCACAAUGAUAUGGACCAUCUCCUUGCCCGCGACCAGCUCAACGUGCAGCGGGCCGCAGGCGAUUGCUUCUCAGACUUUGAGGAGGCACCCAUCACGUUUCUGCCAACCUUUAAGUAUGAUGUGGGCACAAACAACUUUGACACGUCUGCUAAGCAACGUAUACCGGCCUGGUGUGAUCGCGUACUGUGGCAAUGUGCCGAGGGCAUUGGGGCCGAGGUCACCUGUGAAGCAUACAACUCUAUCCCCGCCAUUUGCUCAUCUGACCACAAGCCUGUUUUUGCGCAAUUUGAGCUCAGCAUGUCGGCCACCUUGAAUAAUGAAGCCGAGCAAGAGGCCGAGCAACCAAGUGCGGGCGUGGCUGCCCACGACUAUGACUGGCACUUGUACUCCAAAGCCUUCCGAGAAGGACUCAAAGAAACACUCAGAAUGGAGGAACUCGAAACGGCCAGCGUUCAGGAGGAAUUACGUCGCCAGUCUCAUGACAAUGUAUCAUAUGAUGCCGAAAGUCUCAGCACGACCGCCGAUGCCGACGUGUUUGCUCCGCCCCAUGAAGCCGAGGCAAAACUUGGAGUGCCUGCGUCCUUGCCGGACGCACCUUCGCCCUCUUCCACCGAGCGCCUGCCCAGCGCCUCGACUUUGACAGAGCCAUCAGACACAGUCGCAGUGGUGCCUCAAGAACAGGCCCCGAUACCCAAGCUCAAGCCACCCACGCCCAAGCCGACUGCGCCUCAGCCGCGCCAACCGCGCACUGCGCUGCAAGUAUUUUAUCCUUGGCCAACAGGCCCAAUCGAGUCGGAUCUGAUCCAAUUACUAUUAUUACCAGGAACCAAUUUCCUGCUUUUACACCCCCGAUUUCCAAAGCCGCGCUGCAUUGGCAGAUGUGACGGCUCGCACGGUGUCCUCAUUCACGCCGUGCAAGCGAGCCAGUUCAGCCACGGCAAAGCUGAUGUUGCUCGGCGUAUUGUAACCGCCCUUGUCUGGAGCCAACGCAGGGCUGUCCGUUUCCAGGACCAGAGCAGAAAGUGGAACUCGCCGCACCAAUUUUUGGAAGCUUGGCGAGCGGGCUGUGCAGGCGGGUGCGGUCAGAAGCUGGCCGCGCGCAGCCGCGAGUUCUGCAUACUUGGCCUUGCCAUCAAACGCGUGCAGCAGCGCCCGGACCUCCUGCAGCACGGCAAGGCAAGCAGAACUAACUUCAGAUUUCAGGUCAAGACAUCUUGGGAAAGAGACAAACGCGGAGGAGAAGCGAGGCCGGCUCACCUGUGCCUGAAAAGCGCGACGUUGCCGGACUUUGAUGACAUCACCCUCGGCACCAUCAUCGGCACUGCACAAGGUCUUUGGCAUGAAAUCCAAUCCGAUCUCACCCACGCCGGCUAG